AUGGGCUUGUUUCGUUCACGGCAGGAAUAUCAGCCUAUCCGGGGGGAUGCGGAAAGAGAUGACGAGAGUGUACAAGACGGAGCGGAUGAGGAUAAUGUGACUGCGACACCGUUCUCAUGGGUUGAAUACGCCAUUUUUCUCCUGCUUGGGAUAGCGAUGCUAUGGGCCUGGAACAUGUUCCUCGCCGCGGCCCCCUACUUCCAGCACCGUUUCCGUCGAGAUCAGUGGAUCCUGAACCACUUCCAAGCCGCCGAGGUGUCGGUGUCGACGGUCACGAAUCUCGGGUCAAUGAUCGCAUUGACCAAACUGCAAAAGGGGGCGUCAUAUCCGAAGCGAAUAUCAUUGUCCCUUAUGAUUAGCACUGCGGUGUUUGCUGUGCUGUCUCUGUCGACGCUCGUUCCCACGUCCGCCGGCGUGUACUUUGGCUUUCUCCUUGUGGCCAUCUUCGCGGCGAGCUUCUCCACAGGCCUGCUCCAAAAUGGCUUGUUCUCGUUUGCAUCGGGAUUCGGGAGAAGCGAAUACACGCAGGGGAUCAUGACGGGCCAAGGUAUCGCUGGAGUGCUGCCACCUAUGGCGCAGAUUAUUUCGGUUUUGGCGGUCCCGGCCAAGAAGGACGGCGAUGGUGCAGACACGGCCGACGAAUCUCCCACUUCGGCAUUGGUCUAUUUCUUGACGGCCACUGUUAUCUCAGUGACUGCGCUCUUGGCUUUCUUCUAUCUCCUGAAAAGAGAGGCGAGAGGCCGAGCUCACCAGUCGGUAGCGAAGUCUAGAGCUGACGAAGCGUCCGAAGGGGACGCAUUGACGACGGGGAGCAUUGCGGCAGCACUAGGGGACGAGGAUUCGGGCGACCCCAUCAAGGAACGACCCUCGGUGCCGCUGGGCACGCUCUUCCUCAGGAUGCCCUUCCUUGCGGCAGCGGUCUUUAUUUGCUUCGCGGUCACGAUGGUGUUCCCUAUCUUUACGGCAUCGAUCCAGUCCGUCAACAACAUCGACUCGGCGGUAUUCAUCCCGAUAGCCUUCCUGCUGUGGAACAUCGGCGACCUAGCAGGCCGGCUGAUCACCCUCUGGCCCAGAAUUUCCCUCACGCACUAUCCAUUUGCCCUCUUCUGCAUAUCGAUGGCACGACUACUGUUCAUCCCGUUAUAUUUCCUCUGCAACAUCAAGAACAAGGGUGGGGUGGUGAGGAGUGAUUUCUUCUAUUUGAUCAUUGUGCAGUUUCUUUUUGGCCUGACGAAUGGGUAUUUGGGCAGUGAGUGCAUGAUGGGAUCCGGCCAGUGGGUGCCACCGGAAGAGAGAGAGGCAGCCGGAGGUUUCAUGGGAUUGAUGCUCGUCGGUGGGCUUACUGUGGGGAGUUUGUUGAGCUUCUUGCUCGGGGAUAUCUAG